AUUCUAUGAUUCAAUCCCUAGCAGAGUGUUGGUAUGUACAGUCCUCGAAGCUUUCUUGUUUUUCUCUAGCUUUAUUAAAAUUAUGCUUUUUGAUUCAAUGUUUCUUUAUUUCUUCUUUCUUCCAGUUCUCAUAACUUUCAUGAAGACAGAUCACCAGAUAAAGAAUGAAAACAUAUGGCAAACAAGGUAAAUCAUAUAUGCGCCACGCGUUCUAUAUCUCCUCCGGCCCAUAGUAAUUUGUCACGGAUCAAAUUAGGAAUGACUUUUCAACGUGUAAUGCACAGAACAAUUUAAGCGGGUAAAAUGUUGAUAAGCAGUAUUUAACAAUCAUUUAUCAUGGUAAAAAAAGAAAGGAUUUUCAGAGUCCAAUGAUAGUAUCAAACAUGAUUCAUGUUAAGCGUUUUUAUCAAACAAUUCUGAAUAUAGUUGAGAAUCAUUGCAACAUUGCUUAUUUGGAUAUACUGUCGUGUUGACUUCCGCAAAGAGAAUUUUCAAAUUUGGAUGUGGAUAAAUUCUGUGCUUUAUUCUGGAUACAGAAAUGAACGACGGAAGAAUUUGUAAUAAUUAUUGUUACUUCUUUUUCUCCUGUUUUUCAGUAACUUCUAAUAAAUUGUACUUCGCUUGGGUUUACAGUAAUAUAGUAUAAAAUAUUCUAAUUUAGACAAGGACAGAUUAUGCUAAGAUUCAGUCUUGCAAACUGUUCUCGGUAUAAUGUUUUUCCCACUGCACCAAAAGGUGAUGAGGUGACGGCCAUCCUUGUGAAGGUAUAACACCGGUACAAAAUAUAUACCCGGCUGUUAAAGGACAAAAUUGAGCUAUACCAAGAGAUAGAUCUUACACUUAAAAAAAAAUAAAAUAAAAUAAAAUAAAAUAAAAAUAUAUAUAUAUAUAUAAUAAAUGAUGUGGUGGCUGGUAGAUUCUCGACCAUGGAACAAAAGCAUCAUUUGCAUGCACAGGAGCUCAGUUCCUGAAAAACACAAAACGCGAAUUUCUCAUGUUAAGCCAAAAGAACCAAUCAAAAUGCUCGACGUCUUUUAGACGUGAGAUGUAAUGAUUGGGGGAUCGGAUUUCUUUGAAACUUGUUUUUAAAACAUGAAAAGGUAAGCAAUUAUCGCAAGAGAGGAAAUAAAUUAACCGGUAACGAUAAUCAUUGCUAUCAUUUGGCUUUGGCAAUCGUAAAACGAAGGUAAGUUAACUUCAAGAGACUCUGUAACAGUCAUCGAGAUUUCAUUGCAUUCAAACCGUUCAUUUUUCCAAGGCAUAUCUUAAACAUAAAGUAUAUCAUUAUUCAUUCAAAAUAUUCCUGAGUUCUGAAUAAGAUUACCUCAUGGUAGACUUUCUUUAAACCUUUGGCCUAUUUCUCGGUACGGUUUCAAAAGCAGAUGUUUGUCCGUUGCAGAUACUCCUCAGAAAGUAUAUAAAAUUCAUCGAGCGAUAUAUAUGUUUAGCGCAUUCUUGUUAUUGUAUAACUUCUGUUCAAUGAGAUUUAGUUAGAAAUCAGCUAGUUUGUCCCUAGUUAGCCGUAAACGCCACUUCGUUUUAGUUCACUCGUGAAAAAACAGCUUGGCAGCUUGGUGACGAUGGUCUAGCCCUAAUUCCAAUAUACCAAAUAUGGUAAGCGCCAGAUGGUUAUGAAGAAUUUGGGGGGGGGGGGAUUAGAACCUUCAGCCUCGGUUGAUCACAUCCUCGUCGAUCUGCAUAAUUCCUCAGAUCCUACCCAGCCACAUUCAAUAACUGCUAGGUGUUAAUCAUUGUGUUUUCGUUUGACCUACUCAAGAUAUUUUAUAUCAUGAUCAAACUUCAGUUCUAGUGCACGAGUUAGAGGACCUUGAUGAUGCGAUCACGAGUUAAAGAGAACACCAUGUUGUUUGUACUGAUUUUUUCGCUCACGGGUGGUUUCUGCUCUGCUAAGGACAACAAACCACCAGACACCAAGGUAACUAUAUGUCAGAUAUUGCCACUACACAUUUUUUUUAUUACAGUUAAAUAACGUUAGUUUAUAGAGAAAACUAGGAAUGACGUAUUAUAUGUAAAUUUAACUACCAAAUUCAAACAAAAACUUAUGAUGGUAUGAUUCAUUGUACAACCUCGAUCACUAUUUUGAGAAGAGAGACAACAUUUUAACCUUUUAAACAAUCAAAAUUAACAUUUUUACAAAAACAGCCUCUUUACUGGAAAAUAAAUUUCUUUUUCCAAAAUCACAAUUGGCGAUUACAUUAAAAAAACUCCAAUUAAAACUUGGAAAAUUAAGGAACUGCUUCGUACGUACCUGGAUUGAAACGCUAGAUGACAGGUGAAAUUGUGAACCGCUACUGGCAGUUUGUCACUGACUUUUUCUCUCUUUGGCAGCCUGUUCAAUCUUGUCCAUCUUGUAAACAUGGUGGACAAACCGGGAUGUGGACAUACAUGACAUGUAUACCAGGAGCCCCCGGGGCACCUGGUCGAGAUGGAGCCAAAGGAGACCUGGGUAGCCCGGGGAAAACUGGGACCCAGGGACCACGUGGUGCUGACGGAAAGAAAGGAGCAAAGGGAGAGAUUGGGAUCCAGGGUUCCGCCGGACAAAAAGGAGAGCGAGGGGACAAAGGCGACAGUGGAACGCCACGACUGGCUUCACAUUUGAACUGGAAGGAGUGCGCUUGGAAAAAGGCAUACAACACAGAUUCAGGACUGAUAUAUGUAAGUGCGGAUCGCCACUUUGUUACCCAAGUUAAAUAAUAUUCUCAAAGCAAUUAAUUUUUACCGAGAUGAUUGAUUGCUAUAAUUCUUUAGUCAGCGCCCGGUCAGCGAUGAUGAUGGCUGCGUCUUUUGAAGCUACGUAGUUUUGUGUUAAGGCCGGGCGAUAAUCGGUUUUAUUACACUGUGUCCUUCUCUAUUAUUAAUUUUUUCGCUAAUCUUAUGUACAGGAAUUUUUCUUUGUCGAAACACCUUGAAUCAAUUAAUAUUGUACAACUGAUGUCUUACUUUUUUGUAGACUGGAGUAAACAAAAAUAAACUGCAAUACGGAUGCUGCUUCUUUAUAUCUCUUUUAGAACUGUGACUUUGUGAAGAAAUACGCGGACACUGCCCUCCAUGUCUACUAUGCUGGUAACCUCAGGAUUCACGGAUGUGACAACUGCUGUAGUCGCUGGUAUUUCACCUUCAAUGGAGCCGAGUGCAGCUCUCCAGGAACUAUUGACGGUGCAUUCUAUUUGUACAGAUUGGGCCAAAAUUUAAGUCCUCAUUAUCAACGCCACAUUGAAGGUCACUGCAAUAACAUUCAGAAAGGAAAGGUGCGAGUGGGAUUCUCGGUUGGAAAAUGCGUCACAGGACAUAAGCUUGCUGACGCCUACACUGGUUGGCAUUCAAUGAAUCGUAUCUUCAUCGAAGAAGUACCGAAAGCUCAGCAGUAA